AUGGAUAAAAAGCCAUUUUCUAUUCGACGACAUUCCCUACUUAUGCCGAGAGACGAACAAUCCGAACACCGUUACGGCCCAAAAAAUGGAGGUUUUGCAUUUUUUGCGUCCUCCUCUUCUUCCUCCAACUCAUUUGGGUCAACUUCCAAUGGGGGAAUAAUUAACGGAAAUAAACAACAAAAUAAUGAGGGAGGGCCGUUAAACAGUCUACGCCGCUCUCUUAGACAAAUAAAUCCGUUCAAAAGUCGCCUUUUUCGACUGCCAGCGACCCCUAGACUUAGUCGGUCUAAAAAAGUUUUGGGAAGAGGAGAGGAUUUUACUAAUUGGAACUUUGAGAGGCCUAGCGAGGAAGAUAAUAAUUCUGCCAAUAAUUCUUUUAGCGAUAAACAAGGGAAUUUUAGGGACCAGUCAAAAAUUAAAUGGAAAACCCAAAUUGAAACUAACAAAACUAAGCAGGUAAAACAAAGUCUGGAAAUGUUUUAA